UUUUGUACUAAUUUCGUUUAUCCAUCUGUUGAUGAUUAUCUCAAAUGUGGAUAGGUACGAAGAGGAUAUGUGGAUAGAGAUUGCAAAGUUUUUGGAUGGGAGAUCCUUAGUGAUACUUGCAAUGACUUGCAAAUGGUUUAAUCGCAUUAUGAUGGAGGAUAGUGUGUGGAAAUACGCAUGUUUACGAGAUCUUCAGGUUCCUGAUCCUGGAAAAGUCGCCUUCAAAUGGAUCAAACUUUAUGCCGCAGCUUUUGAUGGAAGUCACACAUAUAUGUUUCGUCAGCAGGAGAAGCAUAUUGAUUGGAUGCGAAUUGGAGCAUUCUUGUUUGAUUCAACUGCAGCUCUCCUGAGUGAGAGCUUAAUUGCACCCCUGAGAAUCCCCGACGAAGAGACAACUGACAGAACAUUGCAGCUACAAGGCUGCUGUUUGUUAAAGAAUAUCAAAGCUGGAAUCUGGAUUGCUGACUUACAGCUUGUCCGAUGUCCUGUUUGCGACCUCGAUUCCUGUGAUGGAACAAUGCAAACGUUGGAUGCAAGGCAUAUUGAACUCUUUCUGAAUGAGGGAUACAAUAAUGGGAGCUGGGACUAUGAUGUAUUAGGAUCCCAUAACAUCAGCAAGCAUGCUGAUGGUGCUUCUGGUGGCAUUUUCGAUAUUAAGCAUCUCAAGGAUCAAACAACCUCCGAUAUCUUCGAUCUCAAGUCGUGGGUGGGAAAGAAAAACGACUGGCAACCAAAAGCUGUGGUAACUCUCCAUGCAGUUGCAGUAAACACCAAUUUGCAAAACAAUGAAGGUAUACAGAUUAAGUACCAAGCUAUGAAGGCUGGAAAAGAAGGUGAAGUUGUUGCAAUUCGUAUAUCGCAGCAGCUGCUCUAGAUUUUCUUUUCCAAGUCUAGAAAUUAGAAUACGAAAUUUUGUUCGAUUUUGUGAUGUCUGUAGCUAAUUCUCUCAACAAAUAUAUUAGUCCCCGAGUCAGUUUCGAUUCACUUCAUUUAUGGCCAAGGUAAAAAAAAAUAAGUAAAAAAGCAAGCCCUGUAUUUUCAAUACUUGUAAGCUGUAAACAAUCAAAAACUCCGGCAAUUCUUUCAUUAUUCGUAUUUCCACUAGCAACAUCACUGUUAUUAUUCGAACGAGUCUGAUUGAAAUAUCAGCAAUGAGUUAGUUUAUUUUUUUUCUUUACCAUCACAUUCGAACAAGUAAAAUUUUCCGAUUUAUUUUCCCAGCCUCCUAUACGACCCCGUCUUUCGGUCAAGGUUACUGCUCAUCCAUUUUCAGACAAACCCUCUCGCAUUAUAAUAUCUCCAACUAGUAGUAUAUUAUUCUUGUUGAAUUCUCUGCAUUUGUUUUGUCCACCAAAGCAUCUCCGCAUCGAAAUUUGACUUUGCUAAGUCUAUAUA